AUGUGGGCCAGCAACGUGGUCGUCGUCACAAGCCUGGUGGCGCUUCUGGUGGCGGUGGUGGGCUGCGGGACGCUGCUGCCCGCAGCCACGGUGCAGACGGCGCUCGCGGCGGUGCUCGCCGCCGACCGCCUGGCGUCGUCGGGAGCCGUGGAGGCCUCCCUGCUGAUCGCGCUGGUGGAGUUUAUCAUGUCUGUAGUCGCCGCGCAGCGAGCGGAGCACUCCUCACACAGCAAAGACUCGACAAAGGCCGGCGCCGCCGCCGACUCGAGUCCCGAGGCUGCCAAGCGCGGCUGUGUUCGGAAGAUCAAGAGAAUCCUGCUGGGCGCCGCCUUCAACGGCGAGGGCGUGCGGCCCACCCUGACCACCGCCCUGCUGGAGGCCAGGGAGCAGGUCGAGAAGCAUGGUACCACGCCCACACAGCUUCUGGCGAAGUUUGAGGGUGCUGUCAUCCGGAGCGUCCAGUGCAUCAAGGCCCGCUCCCUGCUGCGCCUCACCGGUGAUGUCGGCACCAUGGUCCAGGGGGAGUGCGACGCCCUGCGCAGCGCCCUGGUGUUCAACAACCGCCGCCUGCAAGGAAGGGGCCGCGCCCUGGACAACGCCAAGCUGCCGCACGUGCUCAAGCAGCUGUCGGCCUCCCACCGCGCGACGUGCCGCAAGGCGGAGGGGUGCCAGGCCGCGCUGCGCGCCGCCUUGGAGCGGCUGGAGGGGCAGGGCCUCAGCCUGGAGGACAACACCCCCCUCACGGCCGCGUCCGACCUCAUCGCCAACCUGCGGAGCGGCGGCUGCUUCGAGGGCUGCCUGGCUGAGCUGUCCAACGAGGGGAUCACGGACGGGUCGCUGGUGUUUGCGGUGAGGGGCGCGCAGCGCAAGCUGCACACGCUCGUGGACAACCACCCCUCUUCGCUGGACUGCGCCCAGGCGGGCAGCUGGCUGUCGCACGUGCUGUCCCUGACAACACCCUGCAACGCCGACGAGCCGGCCUCCUCAUCCGGGCCGGCGACCCCGUCGCGCGCAGCGGCGGCGGCGCCGCCGGGCUCGGGCGAGAGCGCCCCGGCGUGCGAGGCCCCGGCGAGCGAGGGCGGCGACGUGGGCGAGGGCGGCGACGCGUGGGAGCGUGCCGUGGGCGGCGGCGGCGGCGACUGCUUUGUUGAUGAGGCCGCGAUCUCGUCCUCUGCUGUUGACAUGCAGCGCGGCGAUCAGGCCGCCAGCAGCCCAGUCAGCGAGGCCGGCGAGGCCGAGGUGGCCAUGGGGCCCGCGGCCGCAACUGCCGGCGGCGAGAAGGCAGCGAGCGCCACCGCUGAUGCCUUCGGCGCUCCCGCCUGCGGCCUCGACGCCGCCUCGUACCUGCGCAUUUCGGCGCGGCGCCGCGCGCGCGCGAGCACGUGCAGCAGCAGCGCUGAGGGCCCCGGGACGCCGGCGGCCGAGGACAAGGGUGCCGGCGGCGGCGGGGCGUGCGUGCUGCCAGACGCGUGGCCGUCGAUGGAGGCGCUUGCCGCGACACAGCGGGCAGACCAGCAGGAGGAGCAGCAGCCGCAAUAUGAGCAGGAGGCGCUGCAGCAGCAGCCGCAGCUGCAGCAGGAGCACGAGCAUGAGCAGCAGGAGGAGGAGCAGGAGCAAGAGCAGCAGCACGAGCCAGAGCAGCAACAGGAGAAGCAGUAUCAAGAGCAGGGACAGCAAGAGGCGCAGCGAGCCCCGCCGCCGGCCGCGGCGCAGGUGCCGGCGCUUGACGCGGCGCCGGUCUCGGCGCUGCCCCCCGUGCUGGCGGCUGUCGCCGCGCCCCGCACAGAGCAGCAGCGCCUCGCGCUCAGGGUGGCGGAGGCGCGCGCCGCCGCGGCCGAGUUUGCGCGGCUUCACCGCGCCGGCGACCGGGUCGGCGCGCGCCGCGCGCUGCGCAGGGCGCUUGCCGUGUGGCACGAAGUGGCCAUGCCCAGCCUCGCGGACUUUCAGGUGGAUGAUGAUGACGAGGCGCUCAGCGGCGCCGCGGCGCGGGACGCCUUCUACUCGCGCCUGCCCGUGGAGUGCGCCGCCCGCCUUAUCGAGGCCGUCGCGCGCGGCGGCGGCGACGGCGCGGCCGUGGCCAGGUCGAUCGCGCAGGGGCCGGCCGGCGGCCAGUUUGCCGCCGCCGGCCUCCUGGCGCUGGUCGCGCCGGUGCAGGCGGCCUUUGUCGACAAUGGGCGCGAGGGCGAGGGCGAGGGCGAGACGGCAGCGGCGGCGGCGGCGGCGGCGGCGGCGGCGGCGGCGAUGGUGGUUCACCUGCCGGUGCUGCAUCUGCUGCAGGUGCUGCUUGCGCGCAAGCCGGUCAAAGGCAGGACCGACGCGGCGCGCAGGGAGCUGGAUCGGGCGGCGCGACGGCUGCCGCGGGCGGUGAUGACGAUGGCGGGCCUGCGGCGCGACGGGGCGGCCGCUGUUGGCAGCGGCGGCUGCCCGCCGCCGGAGCCCGGGCUCUGGCGGGUCGCAGCGCUGCGGGGGGCGCUCGAAUACGUGUCCACCACGCGCGGCGAGGGCGUGGCGUGGCUGCCGGCGGCGCGCAACGCCGCGCUGCUGCGGGCGGCUGAGGACGCCGGCGUGCCGCGCUGCGGGGACGCGCAGGCGCAGGAGGUGCUCGGCGCCGCGGAGGAGGGCGCGCUGCAGCUGCUCGCCGACGGCGGCGCUGACCUGGCGGCCUGCCUGCGCGGCGCGGGGGAGGUCAUCUCCUUUGCGGCGGCGUUGGCGAUGCGGAUCAAGGUCCGCGGGAGGAGCAGCAAGGCCGCCGCGGCCGCAGCCGCGGCCGCAGCGGCCGCAGAGGAAGCUGCAUGUGAGGUGGAGGCGCAGCGGCUGGGGGAGAAGGCUGUGGAGGACGAGCGGAUAGGUUGGUUCAGGGACAGCUUGGACCGCCUGCUGGCCGCCCUGAAGGAGCGCUUCGGGGCCGAGUGGGGCGCGUCCUGCGCGGCGGAGGCGGCGGCGCGCGCCGAGGCGGCGCUCAAGGUGGCCGAGGCGGGGCGGCCGCGGCGCGGCGGCGCGCGGCGCAAGGGGGAGAAGGCGGCGGCGGCGGCGGCGGCGGCGGCUGCUGCGCCGGCGGCGGCGUGUGUAGUAGUGAUUGAGGAGGUGCCGGAUGACGAGACGCCGCCUGCGGCGGCGGCGGCGGCGAGUGUGCUGGUGAUUGAGGAGGUGCCAGAUGACGAGACGCGGCCUGCGGCGGCGGCGGCGCCGCUGCUGCAGCUGAUGGCGCAGGGGCAGGUGGCAGACCCGCGGCCGGCGGCGCGCCAGCCGCUACCGCUGCUUGAGUGGGCCCCCAUCGGCCGCGAGGCGGGCAGCGGCGCGGCGGGCCUCAUCCAUGAGGAUGACGAGGCGCCGGCGAGCGGGAGCUCUGCGGUCGGCAGCAGCGCUGUGGGCGCCGCGCCCGCGCAGCCGCCCCACCUUCUUGUGAGCGAGGCCGCCGCGGCUGCGGGCGGGAGUGAGGAUGGUGAGGCGGAGGCGCAGGCCGGCUCGUCGGCGGCCAUGGCCAGCCACACCAACAGCAGCGGCGGCGGCGGGGGCAGCGGCGGCAGCGGCAGUGUGAUGAGCGUCAGUGGCGCGGCCGAGGCCGUGGGCCUUGUCGUGGCGAGCGCCGAGGCCGGCGCUGCGCACUCGGAGGUGCGCCGCGGCGGCCCCAGCGACGACGUCGGUUCUCUCGCCGCCGCCGACGGCGCUGCGGCCACCGCCAGCACGGCAGGCUUGUUGCUGGGCUCGCAGGCGCGGACCGGGGGCUCGGCGGCGGCCCAGCAUGACCCCGUGGCGGCGGGCGAGGAGCGCGAUGGGCGGCGCCGCCGCGAGCGGCGGCUGAUGCUCUGGGGCGCGGCGGCGCUGGCGGCGGGCGCGGCGGCGGUGCUGGGGGCGGCGGUGCGUUCCAAGCGCCGCUGA